AUGAGGUGCUACGUGACUGUGUUCCUAAUUCUGAAGCUGCUGGUCAGCUUCAGUUUGGCCGCUAAGCGUUUACCGCGUGUGUUGCCCCACGUGGAGGCUAAUCCAGGUGUUCCCGUGCAUGGCGAUUGCGAGUUUCAUGUGAACGGUGAUCUCAAUGAUCCAGCGCCACUCUUCGCGCGACACAACUUUUUCGAGCUCAUUGUGCCCGAUCCCACGGACACAGUGAGUCUGACUAAUGGCGAACUGUUCGAUAUGUUUUGUCCAGGUGCGGGCUUUGCGGCACCCUUCGAAAAACGAACCCAGCUCACUGUGCAGUGUUUGCAGCACAAGUACUUCCUGGUCGACGGGCUGAUCUACCCCUUUAUGAACUUCACCUGCGCAGACUGGCCCACCUUUACGGCCCUACGCACUGGGCGAGAGUGCAAUGGUGGCACUGAUCUAGUAAAGGUAGGCUUCCAACUGGAUGACGAUGGCUUCCUGCAAACCUACGAUGUCUGUCACGAUGAGCUUGCCGAGGUCACACGCUACGUCCACCAUGUGCUGUAUCCCUCCAGCUAUGACUAUCAGCAUGGUGUAGCACGUCCAAGGUUUGUGGAGUUAGACUUCUAUGGUGGUCGAGAUGUGAAUACCAAGUAUACGCAAAAGGAACAAAAUAUCACAAUUAGCGAUAUUCUGGGCAUGGAUGCCUCUCCCUAUUUCAACUACAGCGAAGAUCUCUUCUUAGCUCGCGGCCACAUUGUCGCUAAAACGGAUCAAAUCUUUGGAGCAGCGCAAAUGUCCACCUUUCUGUUCAUAAAUGUGGCUCCACAGUGGCAGACCUUCAAUGGUGGUAACUGGGAGAAAGUUGAAUCGAGCGUUCGCAAAUUUGUGGCUGAUCGGAAUCUCACGGCUGACUGCUAUACAGGCACCUGGGGUGUCUCGACUCUGCCCGAUGCUAAUGGCAUCGAGCGCGAACUUUAUCUCGACUUUGAUGAGAACAACAAUGGACUGAUACCGGUGCCCAAAUUGUACUUCCGUGUUAUCAUAGAUCGCGAGAAUCGCGAGGGUAUCGUUCUGGUGGGUGUAAACAAUCCUUAUGUCACUCUUGAGCAAAUACAAAGCGAUUACAUUCUGUGUGAGGAUAUUGGCCAUCGGCUGAGUUGGGUUUCCUGGCUGAAGGAGGACCUGCUUGAGGGCUACUCAUAUGCCUGUACAGUCGAAGAUUUCACCGAAGUGGUUAAAGACUUGCCUCUUGAGGAUCUGCACACGAAUGGUGUGCUAGGUUUAGAUGAUAUACCUACGACAGCACCUCCUGAGAGUACCACACAGGAGCCAAGCACCACUGGCGUACCCUCGACAACACCUGCUGAUAGUACCACAGUGGAGCCAAGCACCACAUCAAUACCCUCGACCACACCUGCUGAUAGUACCACACAGGAGCCAAGCACCACAUCAGUACCCUCGACCACACCUGCUGAUAGUACCACACAGGACCCAAGCACCACUGGAGUACCCUCGACCACACCUGCUGACAGUACCACAGUGGAGCCAAGCACCACUGGAGUACCCUCGACAACACCGGCUGAUAGUACCACACAGGAGCCAAGCACCACUGGAGUACCCUCGACUACACCUGCUGAUAGUACCACACAGGAGCCAAGCUCCACAUCAGUACCCUCGACCACACCUCCAAGCUCCACAUCAGUACCCUCGACCACACCUGCUGAUAGUACCACAGUGGAGCCAAGCACCACAUCAGCACCCUCGACCACACCGGCUGAUAGUACCACACAGGAGCCAAGCACCACUGGAGUACCCUCGACAACAACUGCUGAUAGUACCACACAGGGGCAAAGCACUGCCGUACCCACAACAACUGAUACACCCGUCACCCCAACUUCAGCUCCAAUUUCUAAACAAUGUCACUUUAGUCUCACUACCGAUCUGAAGGAUCCAGCACCACUGCUCACACCAGAGGGCUAUCUAAGAUGGCUGUUGCCCAAUGAAUCGGGGGUAUACAUCGUAGAUGAUGGAACCAGUAUUGAUAUGCACUGCACUGCAGCAAUGGCAGCACCCUUCAAUCGAUAUACCGCACUGACGGCACACUGCCUGGGCAAUCAGAUUUACGAGGCCGAAGGUCUUGAGGUUGACGUCCGGUCCUUUAGCUGCCAAACGUGGCCGACCUAUGAAGCCAUGCGCACUGGCAAACCCUGCGCAGGCGGCACAGAGCUCCUCCAGAUUGGCUUCAAUGUGGCGGCAGGCAUGUUGCCACAUUUAGAGAUUUGCUAUGAUGAGCAGACGCAGAUCACACGUUAUGUACGAUAUGAGCUGACUCCAGCGAAUGUUGCCUAUCAGCGCAAUGUGGCACAACCGGGUUAUAUUCGUGCCGGUUUCUAUUCGAACAAGGAUGUUAAUAUGUUCUACGGCCAAGCCCAUCAGCAUGAGGUUUUGAGUGAAACUCUGGGCAUGGAUGCCAGCAUAUAUCUCGACAGCAGUCGCGAUUUAUAUUUGACACGCGGUCAGCUCGCUGCACGUCAGGAUUUCGUGCAUGGUUCGGAGCAGCGGGCCACUCACUUCUAUGUGAAUGCGGUGCCGCAAUGGAGAAGUAUUACCAUCGGUAACUGGCUGGCCGUGGAGCGUAGUCUGCGCCAAUUUGUGGCCAACGAAGCACUCAAUGUCAGCGUCCAUGCGGGCAGCUGGGGUGUUUCCACACUGCCAAAUGCCCACGGACAACAGACGGAAAUCUAUCUGGACAGCAGUGAGAAACAGUUGCCUGUGCCGCGUCUUGUUUAUCGCAUUGUGAUCGAUCAAGUGAGUCGCAAGGGCAUCGCCCUGGUGGUGGUCAACAAUCCACAUGCCAGCCUGGCCGAGACGCUGCAAGACUACGUCGUCUGUGACGAUAUAGGUGCUAAAUUAAAUUGGCUAGACUGGGAAAAGACGGAGCUAAUGGAGGGCUAUUCCUAUGCCUGUGAUGUAAAUGACUUUACUGCUGUUGUCAAGGAUCUACCAUUGGAUGACUUGCAUACCACUGGACUGCUGGGUGUAUCUGAAGGCGAUAAGGAUUCGGUAUGCAAUUUCAAAGUAAAUGGCGAUCUGAAAGAUCCCGCACCACUUUUUGUGCUACGUGAUGCAGAGGGCAAGGCAGAGUAUCUGCAGCCGAAUGCGCAGGGUGUGGUAGAGAUGAAGCAUGGCGAGACUUUUGAGAUGCACUGUAGUGGCACAAAGGGCUCGUUUACGGGUCACUUUGCAGACACUGCUUGGCUAAAUGCCAGCUGCUGGCAAGAGCAUAGCUUCCUGGUGCUAGGCAGUGUACAUCAGCUUCAAGAUUUCGUGUGCAAGUCCUGGCCAAGCUAUACGGCCAGACGCACAGAUCGCUCAUGCAAUGGCGGCACCAAUCUGCUCGAGGUGGGCUUCCAGCUGGCUAACGAUGGUGAGCAGUACGAUGAUUUCCUACAGACCUACGAUGUGUGCCACAAUGAGCUGGCUGAGGUUACACGCUAUGUGCACCAUGUGCUCAAUCCAAGCAGUGCACAGUAUCAGCGCUCUGUUAGCCGGCCCAGCUUCAUCACGGGUGACUUCUACGGAGGCAAGGAUGUGAAUGGCAAGUACACGCAGGUCCAACAGAAUAUCACAAUUAGCGAAAUUCUUGGCAUGGAUGCUUCGCCGUAUUUCGAUAUCAGCGGCAAUGUGUAUCUGGCCCGUGGACAUCUAUCUGCAAAGACCGAUUUUAUCUUUGGAGCUGCACAGCAGGCGACCUUCUUCUUUGUGAAUGCGGCUCCUCAGUGGCAGACCUUCAAUGCUGGCAACUGGGAGCGCAUCGAGGAUAGCGUGCGAAAGUUUGUUGCUGAUGAGAAAAUAACGGUUGAUUGUUACACAGGCACGUGGGGCGUCUCCACGCUGCCCGAUGUGAACGGUGUGCCCCAAGAACUGUAUUUGGACUUUGAUGAAAACAACAAUGGACUGAUACCGGUGCCCAUGUUGUAUUUCCGUGUGAUUAUCGAUCGAGAUAGCCGUAAGGGUGUUGUGCUUGUUGGCGUUAACAAUCCACAUGCCAGUCUACAGCAAAUUCACGACGAAUACAUUAUCUGUCCCGAUAUUGGAGAUCAGAUAAACUGGAUUAGUUGGACUAAAGAGGAUCUGAAGAAGGGUUAUUCAUAUGCCUGCACUGUGGAAGAUUUUACAGAAGUUGUCAAAGAUUUGCCACUGGAUGAUCUGCAAACGAACGGAGUUUUGGGAAUUUCGACUUCGUUUCUUUAAUCGAAAUCAAUAUUACAACUUAAGUUAAGACCUUGAAAUAAUCAAAAAGGUUCAGCAUACAAUAAAUAAUAUACAAAUUA